AUGUCGCGUCCCAUGCCACGUCUGAUAUUGGUUCGCCACGGUGAAACGGAAUGGUCUUUGAACGGACGCCAUACAGGUCGCUCUGAUAUCCCAUUGACCGCAAGAGGUGAAGAGAGCGUUAAGAAGCAAGCAACGAUCCUCGUUGGCGAAGGCAAACUCAUAGAUCCCAGCAAUCUCUGCACCGUCUAUGUGUCGCCCCGCCAACGCGCCCAUAAGACCUUCCACCUGCUCUUUGACGGCCUCCCAAAGCUGCCACAUCACGUUAUAUCCGAAGACUGCAGGGAGUGGGACUACGGAGAGUACGAGGGGCUUCGCCCGGCCGAGAUAAAGGAGAAGAAUCCCAACUGGCUGAUCUGGAAGGAUGGAUGCCCAGGGGGCGAGGGCGUUGAGGAAAUGCAGGCCCGCGUUGACGGGGUCAUCGCAAACGUCCGCGAGUAUCAUCGCCAAUAUCACGAAGAAGGGCUGAACACUCGCGACGUGGUUAUCGUUGCGCAUGGCCACUUCAACCGAGUCUUGAUCUCGCGUUGGAUUAACUUCCCUCUCUGCCUAGGUACCCACUUCAAUGUCGAACCAGGAGGAGUUGCCGUGCUGAGUUACAACCAUAACACCCUCAAGGAACCGGCUUUGAAUGCUUUGAAUAUUUAUGCCGACAUAAAGUAA